AUCAGAUGUCACAGAAAGACUGGACAAGGACUUUCACGAGGAAAGAGCCUCUGUUAUCUUCAAUACUGUAUGUGCUCUAUGUUUUGCUGUGUAAUCCAGCUCUUGAGUGAACCAGAUAAACAGAAAUGUUGGCCAGGUGAUUUUAAAGUGUGAUUAUGCUAAUCCAGGGAAAGCUGUUAUAUUGUACUUUAUUCUUUCAUUUCAUAGUUAUUUCACCAUCAAGUGCACCACUUUUGGGAGUAAAAGUUUAUCAAUCUUACUUUUCCCAAUAAAACAACAACAACAACAAAAAGUAAAAAAACGUGCAAAAUAAAAUGCAAAGUAAAAGAGCAAAAUUCCAAAUUAAAAUUAAAUCAAGUACAGUUGUACAGCUUUGUCAGCAUUAUUGUGGUGAAAAUAAAAAUUUAACACAGGAUCAUCUAAUUGAGUGUAGUUCUGAAUAGCUACAGCUGUUGGUGAUUCAAUGACUGGCACGUCAAAAGUGUAUAAAAGAAGUCAACAGGGUCGAAGAGAUAUUUUAUUAUUGACUUCUGAAAAAAUAAUAUUGGUAUUUCAAGACCAGGCAAAUAAAAUCAUUAUUUUCAAGGGAUGCAUUCAGAAUUUCUGUUGAACUUUGUACAUGUAUGAAUUGUACAUUUUGCAUGAAACAUGGCUUGCAAACAUAAGUUUUGUCUGCAGGGAAUCAUAAUACAAAGACAGCUCAAACUCAGUGAAAUCUGUCUGGUUUCAAGAACAAUGAUAGUUUGAUUGACUGCUAAAAUUCCAAGAGACAGGCACUUGUUGGUGAAGUACUCAUUAUCAGAAAACUAAUGCAAAAACCGUGGACAGUUUAAGUUUUCUCCUGGAUUAGCAUUUAUCGACUUUGUUCAACUGUGUCACACAUUUGAAACAAUAGCCAAGUUCUGCUGUUACAAUAAUAAUAAUAAUAAUAAUAAUAAUGAUUAUUAUAAUUAUUAUUAUAUUAUUAUAAUGUUGUUAUUAUAGUACCUGUUAGUGUAGAUAUGCAAUCUGUACUCUCAAAUUUCUUACUACAUUGA